GUACUUGACAGCAGCAUUGGCAUACUUCAUCUACACUAGUGAUACGCAGCUUUAAUAGCUGUGAGAAAUAUCUAGGCUGUUGUAGGUUUAACCCAGACUAUUAAGCGUUUUAGCAUGGUUGGUCACAUUCUUUGAAAAUGGCAAAAAUAUUCGCUCAAUAGCGGUGAAGCAAUAAAUAUGCUACCAGGCAUGCCAACUGUCGUGUACGCUGUUGCCACCAGGUUGCUGCCCUGGCAUUGUCGAGCACUAGUAUUACUCGAUACAACAGCUGCGAGCAGGCCUGUGACUUGGCGCAGCCAGCACACACAGGCACAGCUAGACAGAUGCAAUAAUAGCGUUACUCUCCGGCUUUCUCUGAUAUACUUGGGGGUGGGAGAGGGUGGGCGUCGCCUGGAGGUAGUGCAAUACCAGGGUCACCCGCGCCAACACCAGAUAUGCAAGCAGGGAUCUGGCAUGUUGGCAUGCCCAUGCAAAAAAUUGCUGAACAUAGGUUUUUCAGGCCGGAGCCCGAAUCAUAUAUGUUACUAUAUGAAGAACAUGUUACUAAAAAAUGAUCGAAGCCAUAUGGCUUGAACGGAGUGUAAGGUUUCUUUACGCUUCUCCCGGCGCGGUCGCCACUUUAUACCCAGCUGCCAAUGUGGUGAGUUGUGGGAGACGUGUCACAUGUGCCAUGCACGGGGUCUGGUAGCCCACCAUUGGUCCGAUCUUAGCGCAUAGCUGCGUCGCCUGAUUGGCUGAUUGUGC